GGACGGGACGGGACGGGACGGGGGAUGCUCCGUCCAGGGCCCGAGGGACGCGCCGCCCUCAGCGCCCCGCGGCUCCCCAGGCCGGGCACGGCUCUCGGGCACCGCCGGCACCGCGCUCCCCCGGCUCGCUCCUCCCAUCCCGGCCGCUCCGCCUUCCCCGACCCGCGAACCGUGGCACGCUUUUUCCGUGAGGAAGUGCCUCGGCGGUGGGGCAGAAGGAGGAGAGAGCUGCUGGCCAACUGGAGAGCAGGCGGGGCAGGGCGGUGCGGGGGAAGCGAGGAAGCGGGGCCGGAGGAGCGGCGCUGCGGGCCGCGCUGCGCUCGGCGGAGUGCGAGCAUGAGCGGCGGGGAUGGCCGGGCGGGCGCCCUCAGCUACGGCCUCCCCUCCAUCCCCUCCAGCAAACUCCCGGACCUGCGAUUCAUCAGCCGGGGCGCUUACGGGACCGUGUCCGCCGCCCGCCACGCCGACUGGAGGGUCCCGGUGGCCCUCAAGUGCCUGCAGGGGCCGCUGCUAGACAGUGAUAGAAACCAUCUUCUAAAAGAAGCAGAGAUACUACACAAAGCCAGGUUUACUUACAUUCUGCCAAUUUUGGGAAUUUGCAACGAGCCUGAAUUUUUGGGGAUAGUAACAGAAUACAUGACCAAUGGGUCAUUAAACCAGUUAUUGCAUGGGAAAGAUGUAUAUCCUGACAUUCCCUGGUGCCUGAGAUUCCGCAUUCUUUAUGAAAUUGCUUUGGGAGUGAACUAUUUGCACAACAUGAAUCCUCCAUUGCUGCACCAUGACUUAAAAACCCAGAACAUUUUGCUGGAUGAUGAGUUUCACGUCAAGAUUGCAGAUUUCGGCAUGUCCAAAUGGCGUGUCAUCUCCAUGUCACAAUCACGAAGUGAAUCCUCUUUGCCAGAAGGAGGGACAAUUAUCUACAUGCCACCUGAGGAUUACAACCCCAGUCAGAAAACACGGGCAAGUGUGAAACAUGAUAUCUACAGCUAUGCAGUUAUCAUGUGGGAAGUGAUGUCAAGGAGACAGCCAUUUGAAGAAGUUACAAACCCCUUGCAGAUAAUGUACAGUGUGUCACAGGGACAGCGACUAGACUUGAGUGAAGGAAGUCUAUCAAUGGACAUUCCUCAUCGAGGACUUAUCAUAAGACUGAUGGAAAGUGGAUGGGCACAAAACCCAGAUGAAAGACCAUCAUUCUUGAAAUGUUUAAUAGACCUGGAGCCAGUUCUGCGAACAUUUGAUGAAAUAGCUCUGCUGGAAGCAGUAAUUCUGUUAAAGAGAUCAAAGUCAUUAUAUGAAUCACAAAGUAUUUACAAGAGUGGAAAGAAAGCAAAUGUGGAGCAGAUGUCUCUAAAUAUACCUUUGAAUCCUGAAAAGCCAACAUAUUCUAGCUCCAUACAAUGUGAUGCACUUCCCCUUCGGAGCAUCUCUCCAGAUACAUCAAAAUUCAAGUCUAUUCCCCAGUGUAAUAUCCUCUCAUCAGAUGGAAAUUCUGGGUGUCUACACUCUCUCAGCAGUCAGAGCAUGGAUGGAAAUCUGUCUGUAACUCAGAGUGCCAAACUCCUUGUGCAUCCAUACAGUACUGUUCUCUCAUCUGACAAGAGUAUUUCAGAUGCCUCCAGUUCUGCGUCCUGUGUGCUGCAGUCAUCUCCAAUUCCUUCAGUACCAGGUCGGGUUGAACACUGGAACAGGUUGCCCAUGGAGGCUGCAGAAGUACCAUCACUUGGAGAUGCUCAAAAUUCAGCUGGACAAGGCCCUGAGCAACCUGAGUUAUCCUUGAAGUUGGCCCAGCUUUGAGCAGGCUAUUACAUCAGAUGACCUCCUUGAGGGUCCUUUCCAACCUAAAUUAUUCUGUGAUUCAGAUAGAAUAAAUACUCUAACCACCAAAUUUGUCAAAUUGGAACAUUUUAACAGCUUUUUUUCAGCUUGUUCUUUGUUCUGUGGCAAUAUUUGUUGACAGACAGUUACAAUCCCUUCCUUUUUUUUCUAAUCCUUUCCAAUCUCAGAUUUUGUAUUGGAAACCAUACAACAGAAUGUAGCUCAUCAGUGGAUCCAAAGUAAACGAGAACAAAUUAUUGAUCAGAUGACUGAAGCAUGUUUGAAUCAAUCACUGGAUGCUCUUCUAUCAAGAUUUUUGCUCAUGAAAGAAGAUUAUGAACUUAUAAGCACCAAACCUACAAGGACAUCAAAAGUACGACAACUGCUUGAUACUUCAGACAGCCAAGGAGAGGAAUUUGCCAGAAUUAUAAUACAAAAGUUGAAAGAUAACAAACAGCUAGGACUUCAGCCUUAUCCAGAUAUUGUAUCUAAUUCUCAAAGACUGCAUCUUUAAAUUUAUUCUUUCUUUAUGAAACCAUGUAAAUAUUUCUUACAACAUGAUUCUUGUUUCUAUGUAGUAUUUAAUACAUGUGCAGCUUUGUCUUUACUGUGCCUUUGCAGAGUCUCAGAAAUGACCCUGAGUUCUUCUAGCCUGCAUUUGGUCAGUGACCAAUUAAUAAGUUGGAGUGCAAUCAUAAAGCCAAACACUUGAUGGUUGUUGACUAAUUUUGUAAAACUAUUUUGUUUAUACAUAACAAAAAUAUUAAAAGUUCACCAUUUUACGUAUUUUCUGUUUAUACACAUCCUUUCCUUUCAUCUCACAGGAUUGAGACAUCUCAUCUUAACGUGGCAUGUUUGUUUUUCUCCUUCCAUCUGCUCUUUCUCACAGAGGAGGGGAAAAAAGUGCUCUUUUCCAGGGCUGUUCUUCUUCCUUAAGCCAUGCUGGUGUGCCUACAGGAGAGAAGUGGUAGGUGGUAGGAAGUUUACAUUGCAUUUUUACAAGAUUUUGUUAUUGUUUUGUUUUAGGUUUCUUUUCCCAUUUUGUUGCCAGAUCAAGUGCCUCAGACCACUGCAUAAGAAAAAUGUUAGUCCAAAGAGGAGCCCAAGGGAAAUGAGCAUAUUGUGCUCAGAAGUGAUAUAGAAAAGCUAUAAUUGUGUGGUUAUAACCACUUCAUCUAUUUUCUUCAUCAUCUGCCUUGCCUUUGUCACCUGCCAUUUACCACCCCUUACUUUUGUCAUCUGCCAUUAAUACUUCUCAUGUCAUGUUGCUAGAGCAAACUUUUAACUCAGUUUUAUUUUUGUACUUACAUGAUGAGCUGUAGUUGGCUCUGU